AUGAGACCCUUCAUUUUCCACUUCCAAACCCAAAUCCACUUUGAUUUUUCGAUGCAUAUAAACACAAAACAACACUCAAAUAGUAAUUUAGUUCUUUUUUUUUUCUCGUUUUGUCUUUCUUUUUUUCCCCAUAGUGAAGUUGAUCAUGUUCUAAUAUCAGGGCUCUAGUCCUCUGUAAUACUUUACCUCCAAAUUGCUUUGUUUCCAAAAUUUGAGCGCAUCUUUGAGUUCCUAAUUUGGGUUCAAACUUCUUUUAAGUAGAUCACUUCAGAAAUUUUGAAGUGAUAGUGCCUCUGAUCACUGAAGCAACCACUUUUGACAACACUGUUAUGUCUUCGGUUGUAUGGGUCAUAUUGAGAACAAUUGUGAGACUGAAGGUAUCAAAACAAUUUGGUAGUCGGUUGACGGCUGAGGUUGAAGGUUGGGAACCUGAGGAUGAAGAAGAUUUACGGGUGUUAGUGAAGAUGAGUAGGAUAAUCAAGGAAUUAGAGGAUGAGCUCAAUAACAAAGCCUCACAAAAGAAUUUUUCAGCAGAUGAGGUUGACACGACACCUCUCUCAAGGCAGCAACAUCAUGAUGUAGAAAGAGGGGAGGGAAAUUGAGGUAGUGGCAAAAAGAAACCAUUGGAGAGGCUAGACUGAGCUCCAGUUUAGGAAAACCAUACUGAGAAAACAUUAGAGGAGCCACUUAUAAGGUAUCUAUUGAAAUCAUGGUAGAGGUGCAGUCUUAGGUGGAUAUUCCUUUGGCUCAAAUUGGAAGAUUUUCUAAAAGAAAAAAAAAAAGAAAGGAGUGAAAGGUAAGUGGAAGAGACUUUGGGAAAGACUCACUAUCUUCCAUGAAUAUGAUGAGGGACACAAAGGGGAAGAGGAAGUCUGGAACUUUGUGGGAGGGAUAGGGUUGUGCUUCAAAGAUUUUGGUGGAUAAUUCUGGUACAACUUUGGUAAUGCUUUCAUCCACCCUACUGGUUAGUACUUGAUUGUGCCUUCUGCUAUGGUGGGCAUGGGAUUGUUCUAGAGCUUUGUUUUGCUCUCCCCUAGCUUUUUGUGUUGUAGCUACUGUUAUUCAAGGCUCAUGGAUGCUUGAAGAAGGUAACUCUCGUUUUGGCCUUUCAAUACCCUAAUGAUACUAAUAUAGGAGCUCUCAAUACUUAAUUGAUGCAUUUGCAUAGGGCACAUCUCUAUAUGCUAGUGUUAUAGGCAGUUGAUUCUUAGCUUAUAAGGCAUGUCAUAGAUAAAGUUGAUGUAGUUUAUCAAGUAUCAGUAAAAUGAAAUCUAUCAUUUCUA